UAAUUGCAUUUACAAUCAGGGGCUCUGCAGUUUCCCCCUUUGAUUAAAGAUAGUCCAGGGUUCUCUUGAUUGGUCUGCAGACAACCACAAUGUUAGGAGAUUCACUGUAUCUAGACAAUAUAGAGGAGUAUGUACAAGAUGAGAGCAAAAUUGUGACCUACAAAUGGCUGAGCAGGUGCUUGGAAGUGCCUGCCAAUACCGCAAAGCAAAUGUUGUACUCUUAUGUGUCUCGCUGUCAGGAGAGCACCUCAGCCCACCACCAGCUAAGUGUCACCUACCUCGUCACUGGAGUCUCCAAUAAUCAGGGCCAUCAAGUGUGUAUAGUUGAGGAGGAGGAUUUAGAAGAUACAAAGAAGAAGUUUUCUGCGCUGCUCGGUGUUCAUAUCUAUUCUGUGCAAAAACACAAGUUAAAGGAGACCUGCUCUCUGUAUAUAACUGAUUAUGACAUUGGUGAGGACCACAUUAGUAACUACUCCAGAUGGAGCCCCAUAGAAUGCUCGGUGAACACAAAGAAAGUUGUUGCUAAGAAAGAGAAGAGUGUUUCUCAGAAUGACUCCACAGCUAAACCACCUCUCCCUACACUGUCGCACAUGGAGAGGACCAGCGACUCUAAACAAGAUAUUGCUGUAUCUCAAGUGGUAAAAGAAAAGCCUAGGCAAACCGCGAAGGUGAGCACUUCUAGUAAGCCCAAGCCCAAGCCUCCUGCUAAAGGAUCAAUGAUGUCCUUCUUUGGCAUCGCAAGCAGUGACAAACAGAAAGCACCACCAGCUAAGAAAGUUGAGGCAAAACCACAGCAGCAGAAGCCUCAGCAAAAAGAAACCUCUCAACUAAAAGAACCUGUUUCAAGUGUUUCCAAACCUGCAACCACCUCACCAAAAAAAGAAGAACCACCAUCUAGUCGAAUAAAGACUACUAAGAGUAAAGCAUCUGGCUUGUUUGAUGGGCUAGAUGAUUCUGAUAUUGAUAACGAGGACAGUGAAGAAGAAAAACCUCAGCCAAAGCAAGCAAAGCCAUUGCGUCAAAGAGGCAAAAGGAAGAACCAAACCACUCAAGUAGCUAAGAAAGAAAAAAUAAUAGUUGACCCACAGCAGAAGAGGCGAAGAGUGCAGGAGUUGUCCAGUGAUGAGGAGACCACAGAGAGUGAUUUGAGGAGUGUACCUGCUACCAAGGUGAAGACUGAGCUUGGUGGAAAACGACGAAAGAAAAUUAGGAGGCUGGUUCCCAAGAUGUACAUGACUGAUGACGGGGAAAUGGUGACCGAGCGAUCCUGGGAGAUGGUCUCCACGGACGCGAGUGGUGAAGAGGACUGUGUACUGACAGUGAGUAAGAAAGCUAAGAUUGAACCUAAGAAAGAGGAGGCGAAAGUGUCUCCCAAAAAGACUAAACAAGCAACUCUUAUGAACUUUUUUACUAAGUAGCAUUUUUUGGUUGAGGUCCAACGGACGCUGAGUUUAUCUCCGUUAUGGUGGCAUUUUGAUUAUCUCGUUUAGUGUAGAAUUUAGGGUCACUGAUCAUGUUAAUAAUAAUACAGUCAUUGUUACAUGUACAAGUUCAAAUAGGUGGAAGUAGCGUCAUCACAGGAUGUGUAGGGUGAAUGGGUUCGCUCAUGUGAGUCUAAAGUUCGUGGGAACAGCUAUUCAUGUAUGGCUUUUUAUGAUCACAGGAAGUGAGCAUAUCAAUUAACAUUCAGAAUAUGUAAUCACCCACGAGAACUUACUGGUGUGCAUGGAGUGCCAUGAAACUGUAUAUAAGAAGAGCAAACUGGUUACUGAAUUCAAUUAAUACUGCAAAAGCGAAAUCUCAAGUUCCAAGUUCUCAAACAGUCAUCUCUCAACUAGUACCAUGGGUAGUGUAAACGUAACACCUUUCACAGUUACUCCACGCUACAAGGACGAUGCAGAUCAUUCUUGGGUGACCAAACAAGGAGUGAUUGCGCUAUCAGUUUGGAUGAAUUCUCGCACCACCAUAACAUUGGAGGAUGUUGCCCUAUUAAUUGAGCAGUACGUAGAAGCUCAAAUAUCACAGCAACUGAAAAUUCGUUCAGCCAACAGUUCAGUGGAAAAGGCUGCUAAAGUAAACUACCAUGGUGAAAUCAACAGCAUGACAUUUCGUGGACAAGUGAUUGAGAGAGCUGAGAUGGCAACCCACCCUGCCACUGUAUACAUGAAGGAUGGCGAGAAUUUCAGCUUGUACAUGACCCAGAGAGUUGAGAAUCACUGCUGUGUUUUGGUUUAACUCAUAAUUAUAUCAACAUUUUGUAGAUCAGUGCAGUGCAGUGUAUAUUCUGUGUACAUUUGUGUUUUAUAAAGAUUCAUUGACUGGAAAAAUAUGUGUUCGUAUCAUUAUUUGUGCCCUUGUUAAUGUUACAAAUAAUUAUAAUUUUAA